AUGGCGUCGGACGGACACCCUCCAGAGAACCUAACAGACCUCCUACGCUCUCUGGAGAACUACGACCCACUGAUUCCUGACGACCUGACUGCAUACUAUCUGCAAAGAUCAGGCGUCAGAAACCCAAACGUCCACGUCACUCGCCUUGUAUCAGCAGCGGCUCACAAGUUCAUAGGAGAGGUGGCCAGUGACGCUCUACAGUUUUGUAAGAUUCGGCAAGCAGGAAGUGGCAAAGAAAUGAAGGCAAGAGGGCCCAAGGAGAAGAAGCUUGUACUCACUACAGAGGACCUCGCCGCUGCAUUGAAAGAGUAUGGUGUGAACGUGCGCAAACAAGACUAUUUUGUGGAUGGACCAACUCCGCUGCUGCUUACCGACUCCAGGGGAAUGCCUCCGCCUGUUGAUUGCUCGACUGGUCCCUGGGUGGAGAUGUGCGAGAGAGGAGCAGCACAGGAGGGUGGUGUGACAGAGGAGAGAAGAGAAGGAGGAGAGGGAGCAGAUGCUGAGAAAGUGGGGGAGACAGAGGAGAAGCAACAGCAGGAGGAGAGGGAGAAGGGUGUUGAAAAUGAGGCUGAUAUCGAUGAAAAUAAUGGCAGUAGGGAGGAGUAUUACCGUUACAAUGAUGGUGCUGCUGACGAGGCUGACGUGGAUGAUGAGGAUGAUGACGAGGAUGAGGAUGCAGAUGCGGACGAGGUGUUGACAGUUGACGAUGCCAUUGAUUCCAUUGGCUUCGGCCCCUACCAGCUCUUCCUCGUGUGCUACACUGGCCUCGCAUGGCUCGCUGAUGCCAUGGAGAUGAUCCUGCUCUCAUUCGUGGGACCAGCAGCACGGUGUGAGUUUGGUCUGUCAGCAGCAGAGGAGAGCCUUAUUGCGAGUGUGGUGUUUCUGGGUGUAUUUCUGGGCUCGUACGUGUGGGGCCUCGUGGCAGAUGCCUACGGAAGGAGGAGGGGGUUCAUGGCCACUGCUCUCUUCACUCUCUUCGCUGGCCUGCUCAGUGCGUGGUCGCCCACCUUCCUCACUCUCCUCGUUUCUCGCUGCCUCGUGGGAUUCAGCAUUGGAGGGGCCUCGGUGGUCUUUUCUCUCUGCUCCGAAUUCCUCCCCUCACAGUCUCGGGGAUUCUGGCUCGUGUUCAUUGAGUUCUUCUGGACUAUUGGGUCUCUUCUAGAGGCAGCGCUUGCUUGGGCGGUCAUGCCGAGCCUACACUGGAGGGUGCUAGUGCUUCUCUCUGCCACGCCCUUUGCUCUCCUGCUGCUGCUCUACCCCUUCCUGCCUGAGUCACCACGGUUUCUCCUGCUCAAAGGCAACACGUCAGCAGCACACACAGUUCUGGAAAAAGCCGCCCGAACCAACGGCAAGCGCCUGCCGCCCGGGCGUCUAGUUUCGGCCUCAUCUGGUCCAAGACUACUGGCAUCACCACACCCCGCCUCUCCUUCUCCCACCCAAGCCACCUCCUCCUCUCCUCCACCCUCCACUACUAAACAUCAUUCCUCCCCCUCCUCCUCUUACUACCCUGUCUACUCCUCCUCCUCAUCCGUAUCUCACCCCUCCUCUCAUCCCCGCUGUUCCUCCACGCCUCUCUCUCCGAACGAUACCUCCUUUGACUCGACUUUCGAUGCCGGCCCUUCUAUGCCCUCUCAGCCCUCUUGCUCCCGAACAUCUGGAAGGGCAACACUCCAACACACAUUUGAGGCGCCUCAAAAGACAACCCAAACGGCAACACUCCAACACACAGCACUUGAAAGCACAGUGCUCCAGAGAAAAUCUCCCCAACGCACAAGCACGUCUAGCCCGCCUUGUUCUUUGUCUUUCUCUUCCUCUUCCUCCUCCUCUUUCUCGCCUCUCCCAUCACAGACAGUAUCAGCUGACUGUACUGACAGAGAGCAAAAUAGUCGACACGAUUCGCAUUCCAAAAAGCAGCUGCCAAACCAGCAGCAUCCCCAUCCCCAUCCCCAUCCCCAUCCCCAUCCUCAUCCCCAUCCCCACCCACACCCCCAUCACCACCACCAACAUUCCCACCCGCAUCCCCACUUACCUCCUCCUCCCCACCACCCCUCUUCCUCCUCUCUGCACAAACUCGCUAGCCUCCUUUCCCCCUCCCUCCUCCGCUCCACGCUCGUCGUCUGGCUGCUCUUUUUUGCCUCUGCCUUUUCGUACUAUGGACUUGUGUUGCUCACCACUCAGCUCUCUUCUCAACCCACCAUUCAACAGACUAAUCAGCUGUCCACUCAACCCACCACAGUUGAAGGAGCAGCAGUAGCAGCAGAAGCAUCACCAACAGCAGCAGCAGCUGUAGCAGCAGCAGCAGCAGCAACAACAUCAGCCGGAGAAAAUGCAUCGUCUUUUCAUGGCUCUUCCCCUGUUCGGCCUAGAGGCCUGCUUGACAAACAGAACUAUCUCAUUCGUACAAUCCCAAUUGCACUUCCUCCUCCUCCUCCUCUUCUCGUCGCUACCUCACCUAACCACCGACAAUCUCCUCCCUCUCUCCGCCGCUCAUUGGCACUUACUCACUCAAAUAAUAACUCAACCGUGGAUACUUUAUCAUCCUCUCCCCCCACUAACUCCUCCUUUUCCACCUCUUCCUCCACCUCCAUGUAUCACCCUCCCCACUCGUCCUCCUCUCUGUCCCUCUCUCCCAUACCUGGGUGCACACCUGAAAAUCAACCUGAGAUUUCCUCCCAGACAUAUUCAGAUGUUUUUAUCACUUCAGCAGCAGAGCUGCCCGGUCUUCUCAUCGCUCUGACCAGUGUCGAAAUUUUCGGCCGAAAGACCGUCCUCUGGGUUCUCCUCUGCUUAGCAGGGUUUUUUUUGCUGCCCCUGAUUCAGCCCUUGCCACCCACUGCCACCACAAUUUUUCUUUUUGCUGCCCGGGCAGCAAUUAUGGGUUCAUUUGCGGUGCUCUGGGCAUACACACCAGAAAUUUAUCCGACCGAGAUCCGAUCUACUGGGCUCGGAGUGGCAAACUCUUGGGCAAGGCUGGGCGGCUUCAUUUGUCCCUUUGUGGCGAUCGGGCUGAUCGAAGGAAGUCACAGGGAGCUGGCAAUUCUUCUCUUUGUCUUUAUUCCCGUUCUUGCCGCCCUCGUUACUGCGUGCUUCGCGUCAGAGACGAAG